AUGCCAGUAUUGCGCGGACGCGGCUACGGCGGCUAUCGCGGCUACCGCGUCGGCGGCUAUCAACCCUACCGCGUCGCCUACCACCGCCGACCCUACUAUUACGGCGUCGGCUAUCAUGGAUUUUACUACGGCGGAUUCCAUCCGCACUAUGCUUGGUAUCAUCCCUAUUAUCAUGUCGGCGUUGUGCCAAUGGCAAAUCCAAUGUACGUCGAGCCGAUUGAUCCACCGAUAAUUGUGGAACCUCCAUUGGUGUUGGGUCCGCCCAUCGAAAUGCCGCCACCGCCACCGUAUCCCGGAACACCAGGGACCCAAUGCGAUCGGAUUCCGCAAUUCCAUCAUCCCGAGGCUCCUUAUAUUCAAAACGGACCAGUUGUUAAUAAAUCGUAA